CGCCAUCGACAUCGACGUUUUAGCUGAUCGUUUAUCGCAUCUCUAGCAUUUUCUUGUGCUCGUUUGCGAAUACUCUUCAAUACCAAGUCAUGUCCAACUUGCAGCCCUUUGUCGUCAGCGAAUUCAGUGCCCAUUCUUUAAUCCCCACCAUCGGCAUAAUAGCGUCUAUCAUGAGCGGCAUUUUAAAACUGCCCAUAGCCAAGCUAAUCGACUCCUGGGGCCGCCCGCAGGGUCUCGCGUGCGUAAUCGCGCUUGCGACCCUGGGACUUAUCCUCAUGGCCGCGAGCCAGAACGUCCGCACAUACGCAGCAGCCGAGGUAAUCUACCAAGUCGGCAUCAGCGGUUUUACCUAUAUCCUCGACAUCAUCAUUGCCGAUACUUCAUCGCUCAAGGACCGAACGCUCGCAUUUGCAUUCAACUCUUCACCUACAUUGAUCACCACAUUCCUCGGUCCGGUGGUAGCCAACGCAUUCCUCAAAGGAAGCGGUUGGAGAUGGGCAUUUGGUCUCUCUGCCGUGUUGUUUGUUGUGCUUUCUUUGCCAGUCCUAUCCAUUUUGAUCAUCAAUGCGCGAAAAGCGAGAAGGUUAGGUUUACUCUCGGAACGCACUAGGAGUGGCCCGUGGACUAUAUCGAAAUUACGCCAAGGACUGAUUGAUAUUGAUGCUUUAGGAAUGUUCCUUGCCGCCGCCGGCUUAACUCUAAUCUUGGUCCCAUUUUCGCUACACGGCUCUGCGGUAAACAGCAUAGUCGCCAUCACGCCUAUAUUCGGUGUCCCAUUUCUGGUCGGAUUUGUUGUUCACGAGCGUACAACGAAGCGGCCGUUCGUACGAUUCUCGCUCCUAUGCUCCCGAAACGUGGCGGGGUCCUUCCUACUAUCUAUCAUAAUAUUUAUUUCCUAUUUUGCAUGGGAUGGCUAUUAUACAUCGUAUUUACAGGUUGUGCAUAACUUAACCCUCCAAGAGGCCGGCUACAUAGGCCAUAUCUACGGCCUUGGUUCGUGCAUCUGGGCCGUGGUCGUGGGGUAUUUAAUCAGGCGGACAGACAGGUUCAAGUGGCUAGCUUUAGCUGCUUUACCGGUGCAUCUUUUAGGCGGCGCAUUAAUGAUUAUCUUCCGUCAGCCGGACACACAUAUCGCAUGGGUUAUUAUGUGUCAAAUUCUUAUCACGAUCGGGGGUAGUACGCUGGUUAUGUGCGAACAAAUAGCAGUCAUGGCCAUCGCAGACCACUCCGACCUAGCCUCCAUCAUGGCUAUUCUGGGUCUUGCGUACUACACGGGCUCGGCAAUAGGGAGCUCGCUCAGCGGCGCCAUCUGGAACACGACACUCCCAACAGAGCUUGCUAGACUCCUACCCGAGGUCCCUUCUGACGAACUAGCCCUAAUCGGGUCUGAUCUAAAGAGACAACUAAGCUAUCCUAUGGGCAGCGCGAUGCGAAGCGCUAUUAUUACCGCAUACGGCAUAGCCCAGUCCCGUAUGUGUAUCGCGGGGACCCUCAUAUCACUUUUCGAAAUCCUCGCGGUGGGGAUCUGGCAAGACGUUAGGGUUAGCCAGUCCAAGCAGGUCAAGGGGACUGUGCUUUGAUGAUAGUAUGUGUGGACUAUAUAUAUGAUACCCAGGUAGAAGCUCAUCUUGGUGGUGCAUUAGAACUUGGUAUGUCUGGCAACUUAGCAUAGUUAUUACAGGCGUUGAAGCGA